AUGACUUCUGUUCUUGAUCAAAUUAAACAAUACACUACCGUUGUUGCUGAUACUGGCGAAUUUGAGUCAAUCGCCAAGUAUAAACCUCAAGAUGCAACAACAAAUCCUUCUUUGAUUUUACAAGCUACACAAAUUCCUCGUUAUGCUCCCCUCAUUGAUUCUGCUAUUGAAUAUGCUAAAAACAGCAAUGGAUCAAUUGAUGAAAAAGUUGAAUUAGCAACAGAUAAAUUGUUGAUUAAUUUUGGUAAUGAAAUCCUUAAAAUUAUUCCUGGACGAGUUUCAACUGAAGUGGAUGCGAUUUUAUCAUUUGACACUGAAGCAACUAUUGCUAAAGCUAAGCGUCUGAUUGGGCUUUAUAAGGAAGUUGGCAUUGGUAAAGAAAGAGUAUUAAUCAAGAUUGCUUCUACUUGGGAAGGCAUCAAAGCUGCCGAAAUACUUGAAAAAGAAGGGAUUCAUUGUAAUCUCACUUUACUUUUCUCUUUCCCUCAGGCAGUUGCAUGUGCUGAAGCAGGCGCAACUUUGAUUUCACCAUUUGUUGGUCGUAUUCUUGAUUGGUAUAAGAAGAGUACAGGACAUGAUUUCUCGGCUAAAGAAGAUCCAGGUGUAAAAUCUGUUAUUAGAAUUUACAAUUAUUAUAAAAAUCAUGGUUAUAAAACUAUUGUUAUGGGAGCUUCAUUCCGUAACACAGGGGAGAUUGAAGAGCUGAACGGUUGUGAUUUUUUGACUAUUAAUACAAAAUUAUUAGAACAAUUACAUUCUGAUACUAAAACCAUUGAACGUAAUUUAAGUCCUGAAAAUGCUAAAGCAUUGUAUGAAGAAAAAGUUACUUUUGAUGAAAAAGGCUUCAGAUGGGCACUUAAUGAAGAUGCUAUGGCCACAGAAAAACUUUCUGAUGGUAUUCGAAAUUUUGCAAAAGAUGGUGCAAAAUUAAAAGCUCUAUUAAAAGAACGUUUAUCUGCUUAG